CUCGAACACGGACUCGUCUGUAUUGUUGUUAGGAAAUACAACAGCAGUUUCCAAACAAUUAGCAGUUAUUUUUUUAAUAUAAUGUACUUUUAAAAUAAACAUGUAUCCAAAAGAUCCUAUGUUAAUAAGAGCACCAUUUUUUGAAAGAAUUGAAUUCCAUAUACUAAAUAUUGCUAAUUGUGUCACCGUUGAAAAAUGCUGGUGCAGAAUGUAGCAUUGACUUUACUCAAUGAAAUUGUGGUUGGAAAGAUGGCGUCCAAGUGCAACCUUUCUGCUUUAUUUCCAAUCCAGAGUCAGUUGGACGACGCCCUGGACAACGCUACGAACCAACAAGAGAAAGAAAACCUUGUCUACCAGUACUUGAAAAAACUAGACGACAAAGAUGACUUGAGGAUUCCCGAUUUUGACGAAGGUCUCGAAUGGCUGAACACAGAAGGCCCCCUUUCUUUCACAAGAGAGCUUGCUGGUAAAGUGGUGGUGUUGGACUUCUUUACUUACUGCUGCAUAAACUGCAUCCAUAUCCUACCUGACCUGCAUCAGCUGGAGAAAAAGCACUCUGUCAAAGAUGGGCUUGUUAUCGUGGGUGUCCACUCUGCCAAGUUCCCCAACGAAAAGGUGCUGCAGAACGUGCAGAGCGCUGUGCUCCGCUACAACAUCACCCACCCGGUGGUGAACGAUGGAGACGCUCGGCUGUGGCAUGAGCUGGAGGUGGCCUGUUGGCCCACCCUGGUGCUCAUUGGGCCCAAGGGCAACCUGCUCUUCUCGCUGGUGGGAGAGGGCCACCGUGAGCGCCUAGCGCUCUUCACCAACACCUCCCUUCGACACUACAGGGACCAGGUCCUGCUCAGUGACCACCUUGUGGGGACCAAGCUUUACAGGGACUCUCUGCCCCCAUCGCUUCUUUCGUUUCCUGGGAAGGUAGCAGUGGAUUCCAGUAGGAAGAGACUGGCUAUAGCAGAUACGGGCCAUCAUCGGGUACUUGUGGUGUCCAGCAUUGGGCUGGUGCUUUACUCUAUAGGAGGGCCUGAGAGUGGUAGGAAAGACGGUAAUCUCGACGAAGCAACCUUCUGCUCCCCACAGGGGAUUGUCAUCAAAGGAGAUACUGUCUUUGUGGCCGACACUGAAAACCAUCUGAUCAGAAAGAUUGACUUGUUGGAGGGACAGGUCAGCACCCUGGCAGGAGUGGGAUUUCAAGGCACAGACAUGGAGGGAGGGGCCAUGGGACCCCAGCAGCCUAUCAGCUCACCCUGGGACUUGGCCCUUGGGACUGCAGGCGGUGAGGAGGAUAACAUGCUGUGGGUGGCCAUGGCAGGGACACACCAGAUCUGGGCUCUGUUCCUGGAAAAUGGGAAGUUGCCUAAAAGAAGCGAGUCCAAAGCGGGGACGUGUGUGCGCUUCGCCGGCAGUGGCAACGAAGAGAACCGCAACAACGCCUACCCCCAAAAGGCCGGCUUUGCCCAGCCCUCGGGCCUGGCCCCCGCUCCGGAGGAGCCCUGGGGGUGCCUGUACGUGGCCGACAGUGAGAGCAGCACUGUGCGCUCCCUGGCUCUGAAGGACGGCGCCGUCAAACUGCUGGUGGGGGGCGAGAGAGAUCCCCUGAACCUGUUUGCGUUUGGGGACGUGGACGGGAAAGGAGUGGACGCAAAGCUCCAGCACCCUCUCGAUGUGGCCUGGGCUCCUGACCAAGGCCUCCUCUAUGUGGCGGAUUCCUAUAACCACAAGAUCAAAGUGGUGGACCCAAAAACCAGGCAGUGUCUGGUUGUGGCUGGGACAGGGGAAGCAGGUGACGUGUUAGGGCCAGGGUUGACUGAGUCCAGCUUCAAUGAGCCUGGUGGCCUUUGUGUCGGGGAGGGGGGCAGGGUGCUGUAUGUAGCUGACACCAACAACCACCACCUCAAAGUCUUGGACCUGGACACCAAGACCGUGUCACUGUUCCCCAUUUCAUUGGAGGACGCGGUAGACUCUGCACCAACUAAGUCCUCUGGACCUUGUAAAGUCCCCAAGCUCCCCAAAUCUGCUUCUAGGGUGAAGAUGCCACCACUGGCAGUGUCACCAGGACAGACUGUCAACUUGGAGCUGGUGCUAUCGCUACCAGAGGGCACCAAGCUCACUGAAGACGCACCCAGCUUUUGGACCCUGUCAGCAGAAGGUAACGAGUGGUUGGUAGGGAACCAGGUGGUGACCGGGGACAUCCAAAAUCUUUCCCAGCCCCUUUCCAUCCCUGCCAUACUUCCAAAGGUUCUCAAGGCGACAGAGGCCAGCCCCUCCCUCACCCUGAGUGUUUGGGUUUACUGCUGUCUGGCAGGAGGCGGGGCUUGUAUGAUGAAAGCCGCCUCCUUCACGCAACCUCUCCAGAUAGGCUCUACACCCAGAAACGGCUCGGUUACCGUGACGCUGGCUCAUGCCUUCUAACUUAACAAGCCUCUAGCCCUUCCCUCUCGUUGGGGCUUUGUGUUUCAAAUAUGUUUCAUUUUUAAAUGAAGAUUCAAGUUUACAAAUGUACAAAUCCUUUUGAUAGCUCCUUUUGAACACAAACGAUAACAGUAACAAAUAAUGUAUCACAGAAGUUGAUUGACAUGUUUAAACAAAGUAGAUAUAUCAAAAAUAGCAUGGAAAUGGGAAGAGAAGGUCAAACCCGGACUUAAUUCAAUCAACAGACAAAUAAGUUAGAAAAAAAUACCCCUCAAAAGGAUAAGCCCACCCUACCUGCUUCCUUCCCCUUCGGGGUAAGUCCUAUGUAACUUUGUCUUAGAUAAAAUACCCCUCAAAAGGAUAAGCCCACCCUACCUGCUUCCUUCCCCUUCGGGGUAAGUCCUAUGUAACUUUGUCUUAGAUAAAAUACCCCUCAAAAGGAUAAGCCCACCCUACCUGCUUCCUUCCCCUUCGGGGUAAGUCCUAUGUAACUUUGUCUUAGAUAAAAUACCCCUCAAAAGGAUAAGCCCACCCUACCUGCUUCCUUCCCCUUCGGGGUAAAUCCUAUGUAACUUUGUCUUAGAUAAAAUACCCCUCAAAAGGAUAAGCCCACCCUACCUGCUUCCUUCCCCUUCGGGGUAAAUCCUAUGUAACUUUGUCUUAGAUAAAAUACCCCUCAAAAGGAUAAGCCCACCCUACCUGCUUCCUUCCCCUUCGGGGUAAAUCCUAUGUAACUUUGUCUUAGAUAAAAUACCCCUCAAAAGGAUAAGCCCACCCUACCUGCUUCCUUCCCCUUCGGGGUAAAUCCUAUGUAACUUUGUCUUAGAUAAAAUACCCCUCAAAAGGAUAAGCCCACCCUACCUGCUUCCUUCCCCUUCGGGGUAAAUCCUAUGUAACUUUGUCUUAGAUAAGUGUACUGUACAAUUGUCUCAUUUAUCUCCCUCCUCUCCUCUAACUAUUCCCUAAUUCGUUGCUGUAAAUGAGAAUGUGUUCUCAGUCAACUUACCUGGUAAAAUAAAGAAAUACAAAUUUUAAAGUCCUUAAAUUGUAUCAAACAAUGCCUGGAGUAAAAAAUGUUUUUAUUUUAUUUAACUAGGCAAUCAGUUAAGAACAAAUUCUUAUUUACAAUGAUGGCCUACCGCGGCCAAACCCUAACCCGGACGAUGCUGGCCAAUUGUGCGCCGCCCUAUGGGACUCCCAAUCACGGCCGGUUGUGAUACAGCCUGGAAUCUAACCAGGGUCUGUAGUGACGCCUCUAGCACUGAGAUGCAGUGCCUUAGACCGCUGCGCCACUCGGACGCCCUCAAAUUGAAUGGGUAUUGAUGUAUUCUAAGGUAACCUCCCAGUCUGCAACAGGUAUUUCGGUGUCCAGCUCUUCCUCCCAUUUUUGCAUUAGUAGGAUCUGUGGAGGGUGGAUAGACUGAAAUGUGUCAUAAUACCGAGAUA